AUGGGGGAUCAAAGUGUAUCUAUAACACCCAGUGUUUUCCAGCCAAAUGUCUCAGUCACAGCACCAGCCGGUGGUUCGGUCAUCCUGGAAUGCUACACCACUGCUGAUCUGGUUGUGACCUGGGUUUGGCUUAAACAAAUCCCAGGACAAAAGUUAAACACUAUAGCUUCCACAUAUUACAAGAAGAUAAAACUUCAAGAAGAAUUUGUUAAUGAAUCAUGGUUUGAAGUGAAAGUCGAUGUCAAGAAAUCUGCAUUAAUUUUCACCAAGAUUACAUCCAGAGAUGCCGCCUACUACCAUUGUGCUGUGCUGUUAUAUGAGACGUUGUACUUUGGAGGGGGAUCUUAUCUAACAGUUAAUGAUGCAAAGCCAAUUAAAGUCAUCCAGCAGCCUGUUUUGGACUCACAUCAUUUAGGAGACUCUGUGACUCUUCAUUGCUCAAUCUUUGGUGAGACUUGCUCAGGAGGGCAAAGCGUGUACUGGCUUAAAUACGAACCAAGAGAGUCUCAUUCAGGAUUCAUUUACACCGAUGGAGACAGAAAAGAUCAGUGUGAGAAGAUCUCUGUGUCUGGAUCGACUGUACAGAACUGCGUGCACAAAGUACCCAAAAGCCUCGCCAGUGAUGAAACUUACUUUUGCAGUGUGUUCACAUGUGGAAACCUAAUCAUUGGAAAUGGAACUAAACUCACAGCUGAUGGUAAAACUUUCUGUAUUGCUCACAUACUGUAUAGUAUCUACUAUGUCUGA